UUAAUAACAUGUGUACGAAAUUUCUGAUCAUCUUACUCUGUAUUCUACCAAAGAUCAACUCUAGUGAAUCUGACAUAGCCAGUGAUGUUUUACAACGAAGUAGAAGACAACUGUUGUUCCCUAAUUCAACCCUUUUUCAAUUUAAUGCUGGAGUAGGUACACCAACACCAAUAAAAACGAUAAAUUUCAAUUGGGCAUUUCAAGCAAAUUUCCAGUUACCAUGGAACAGAUCUCAAAUACCUUUAGACAUAUUAGAAGCGGAAUCUGGUUAUCCAGGAUUCUCGAGAAGAAAACGAGAUUUAAAUGAUGAAAAAUCUAAUCAUGAUACUUUGUCAGAAAAUUAUCAGAAUGAUGCUAAAUUAUAUCACUUUUAUAAAUACGUUGAAGAUGUAUUAAAUGGCUUUGGUUACAACGGAUCAUCUUGCGUGUUACGAACUCUGUGCCAGCUCGCUGCUGAACCAUUGCAUGUUGAUGAUGAAGAAGAUCUACUCCAUGAGAUAGCUACAUUUAUCCUUAAUCCAGAGAAUGACACCAAUGAUGAUGGUACUACAUCACCUGAAGCAACUCCUUAUAUUGACGCAUACAAAUCUGGUUUCAACGUUGAACAAUGCUACGAUAAAUACAACGACUGUACAAUAUCCCUUAUUGAUAUGUUUACACAAAUAAAUGACAUU